AGAAGAAAGCAACAUGGCCGCCCGACUCUUCCGAGUUGCCAAUCCGGCAUCGAAAUACCUCACUAUCUCAAAACAGCUUCCUGUUGCAAGACGUUGCUUUACUCCAUACCAGCAAGCUCUUCUGAACAUACCUGAGACGAAAGUAACCACUCUUGAUAAUGGUCUGAAAGUGGCCACUGAAGAUUCGGGCAGUCCUACGUGUACUGUAGGUGUUUGGAUUGAUGCUGGGAGCCGAUGUGAAAAUGAAAAGAACAAUGGGGUUGCUCAUUUCCUGGAGCAUAUGUCAUUUAAGGGAACUACAAAAAGAUCCCGACACGAUCUAGAACUUGAGGUUGAGAACAUGGGCGCCCACCUGAAUGCCUAUACAUCAAGAGAGCAGACUGUCUACUACGCUAAAUCCUUUUCCAAAGACCUUGGAAAAUCUGUGGAGAUCCUUUCUGACAUCAUCCAGAACAGCAAAUUAGGCAAUGCAGAUAUAGAGAGUGAAAGACACACUAUUUUGAGAGAAAUGCAGGAAGUAGAAACCAACCUCCAGGAGGUCGUCUUUGACCACCUUCAUGCCGUGGCCUACCAAGGCACACCCCUUGGACGUACCAUCCUGGGGCCAACAGAAAACAUAUUGUCUAUCAAUAGGAAUGACAUUCAGGAGUUUGUGAGGCAUCAUUACUCCCCAGAUCGCAUGGUACUGGCUGGGGCAGGAGGAGUGAAUCAUGACGAUUUAGUGAAGUUUGCCAACCAACACUUUGGCAAUUUAAAAGUUGUUGAUGAAAUCAGUAAUAUCGAACCUAGAAAUCCCUGUAGAUUUUCAGGGAGUGAGGUGCGUGUGAGGGAUAAUAACAUGCCCUUGCUACACUUUGCCAUUGCUGUAGAGGGCUGUGGCUGGGCAAACCCAGACAACAUACCCCUUCAAAUUGCCAACACACUGAUUGGACAAUAUGACCGCUCAAUGGUUGGAGGCAUGAACCUGUCGAAUCCUUUUGUAUCCAACUGUGCUGCCAUGAACCUGUGCCACAGCUUUCAGUCCUUUAACACUUGUUAUACAGACACCGGUCUCUGGGGAUGCUAUGUGGUGUGUGAAGGACAAAAUGCUGAAUUGAUGAUGAAGGAGCUUCAGAACGAAUGGAUCAGAUUAUGUAACAGUUUGACAGACUUUGAGGUAGACCGAGCCAAGAAUCUACUGAGGAUCAGCAUGCUGCUCCAUCUGGAUGGCACACAGCCUAUAUGUGAAGAUAUUGGAAGACAACUUCUGUGUUAUGGCCGCAGGUUGGAUCUGGCCGAGUUAGAAGCUAGAAUAAUGGGUACAAGUGCCGCUGAAGUGAAAAGGGUGUGCAAGGAGUAUGUAUACAACAUGUGUCCAGCUAUAGCAGCAGUAGGUCCUGUUGAAGGGUUACCCGAUUAUGACAGAAUUCGCUCCCAGAUGUACAAAUUGAGGAUGUAGGGAGUAUAAUUGAAAAUAGUGCUGAAAAGACUUUACAGUGAUUCAAUGUUCAGUGGAAGUGUGGACUUUACUACCAGUAACUGUUGAUGGCUAGUACUACCAAGGAACUGUUGAUGGCUAUCUUCUUCUCAGUCAUCUAUGGUAGAUAUUUAAGAUCUUGCGUGUGAAAGUUGUUAUGAUUAAAUGUAUUUAAAACUUUUAA